GAGGGAGUGAAGAAGGGAGGGGAAAACUGGUUACAGCUGAGAUUUGAAAAUGGUUUCUAAUUUUGGAUUCACAGAGAAGCAGAUGUUUUUUUUCUUCUUCCUAUAUCAUGACAAUGGAUCGUGAUUUGAUGAUUCGUGAUGAAUUUUAAUGGUUCCAUUUUCUGUUCUUAACUUUGCCCAGUUUUUACCUUUCUUCACAAAAAACAAGAAAAAGAAAAGAAAUUAAUCUCAUUGACCAUCACAAUCACAAUCACCUCCAGCCCUGCCCUCUCUCUCUUUCUUCUCUCCUUCCUGCUAUCUGCCCAAAACUUUCUUCCCCAUUUAAUUCAAUCUUCUCUGUCACUCUGAUUGCAACUAUAUAUUGAACUCUGCUGCUUUAUUUCCCUGAAAGCUUCUGAUUCGCCAACUGGGUUUUGUUUUUUGGGGGGAAGGGAAUAAUGGGUGUUUGUUUUUCGGUCUCCAGAGUCAGUGGUUCCAAUAGCAACACCAAUAACGCCGCCAACCGGAGAGGGAGCACCGCCAACGAACCGAGCACAGCCGACACUAAACAGGACGCUGAGAGAAAUCAAAAUCAGAAGAGACCCAGUGAGAAUACGAAGAGGAACAGUCAGCAGCUUAAGAUUAAGGAGAAAAAUGGUACCCGGCGGCAGAGCGGCGUGAUUCCUUGUGGGAAACGUACCGAUUUUGGGUAUCAUAAGGAUUUUGAUGAACGCUACACGAUCGGGAAAUUGCUGGGGCACGGUCAGUUUGGUUAUACGUAUGUAGCCAUCGAUAAAGAAAAUGGGGAUCGAGUUGCUGUUAAAAGAAUUGAGAAGAAUAAGAUGGUUCUUCCUAUCGCUGUCGAGGAUGUUAAGCGAGAGGUCCGGAUAUUGCGAGAACUUACUGGCCAUGAGAAUGUGGUUCAGUUCCAUAAUGCAUUUGAGGAUGAUUCAUACGUUUAUAUUGUGAUGGAGUUAUGUGAAGGCGGUGAAUUGUUGGAUCGGAUAUUGUCCAAGAAGGAUAGCCGUUAUACCGAGAAAGAUGCAGCAGUAGUUGUUAGACAAAUGCUGAAAGUUGCAGCGGAGUGUCAUUUACACGGCCUGGUACACAGAGACAUGAAACCAGAGAACUUUCUUUUCAAGUCGGCCAAAGAGGACUCCCCUCUGAAGGCCACCGAUUUUGGCUUGUCAGACUUCAUCAAACCCGGGAAGAAAUUCCAUGACAUUGUUGGUAGUGCAUACUACGUCGCUCCUGAAGUUCUUAAAAGGAAGUCGGGGCCAGAAUCAGAUGUCUGGAGUAUAGGAGUGAUCACAUAUAUUUUACUUUGCGGGAGGCGCCCGUUCUGGGAUAAGACAGAGGAUGGCAUUUUUAAGGAGGUUUUGCGGAACAAGCCUGAUUUCCGCCGCAAGCCAUGGCCAAGUAUCAGCCCUAGUGCUAAAGAUUUUAUAAAGAAGUUGCUCGUGAAGGAUCCUCGAGCACGAUUAACUGCUGCUCAGGCCCUAUCACACCGAUGGGUUAGAGAGGGAGGUGAUGCAUCAGAGAUCCCCAUCGAUAUAUCCGUUCUGAAUAACAUGAGAAAAUUCGUGAAGUAUAGUCGUUUGAAACAAUUUGCUCUGAGGGCAUUGGCUAGCACACUCGGUGAAGAAGAACUUGCUGAUCUGCGUGAUCAGUUUGAUGCAAUCGAUGUGGAUAAAAAUGGUUCUAUCAGCCUUGAGGAAAUGAGACAGGCUCUCGCGAAAGAUCUCCCAUGGAAAUUGAAAGAUUCUCGUGUUCUCGAAAUUCUUCAGGCUAUUGAUGUCAAUACCGAUGGUCUUGUCGAUUUCACAGAAUUUGUUGCAGCUACAUUACACGUCCAUCAAUUAGAGGAACACGACUCUGUAAAGUGGCAUCAGCGAUCACAGGCAGCUUUCGAGAAAUUCGACAUAGAUAAAGAUGGAUUUAUAACUCCAGAUGAACUAAGAAUGCACACGGGCUUAAAAGGCUCGAUUGAUCCAUUGCUUGAGGAAGCAGAUAUCGAUAAGGAUGGUAAGAUAAGCUUAUCGGAAUUCAGAAGACUUUUAAGAACCGCAAGUAUUACUUCGAGACCUCACAUAUAGACACCUUCUAGUCCCCAAAAUUCCCCAAAGAUGUAGAUAAGAGUGCAAAGUUGGGAAGAUUGAGAAGAGAGGGGAUCAAAUAAGGCAAAUUUCAGUCAUCUUGAAGAAUUUUUACUUGUCGGGGGACCCCAGAACUCGUUUUACCGUGAAGUUAUCGACGCAAUGCCGAUCUUAUACAAUGACGAGGUUUUUUUUAGGACUGUGGAUACGUUUUAUAUGGAUAUAGUUAGCCUGGAUCUGCAUAAAAGCAGCUCUAGCUGGUGUGGAAUGUAUUGGGUCCUUUGUGUUGCUGGGGUUUCUUGGUUAUGCUAUGAAAAAUGCCAUAUCUGAUUAUAAACAAACUCUUAAAAAGAAAAAUUUGAUGGAGUUGAUUUCCUUGAUACUAUUUUGUCCAUCAACCAUCUUUUUGGGAAAGGAAUUGUGUAUUUGUACCUGUGGGUGUUUUGCUAUUGUAUUAUCGAGGACUUGUUUGAAAA